AUGAAUGUGUGUAUGGAAAAAUAUUUGUCCGAAGAUAAAAUGUACUCUUCCAAUCCAGCAUCAAGCCCUCCAAUUGAACAUCUUAAACUUGCAUCCGCUGGCAACAUAAUUGGUUUUUGUCAAGAAUGUGUAUAUCAUUGUUUGAGAAAGUGUAGAUUUUCACGUAGUUGUGCAAAUUUUCUUUGUUAUUGUGGAGAAAUUAUGCCUAGAGGAAAGGAGUUUUUUGGAACUAAAUAACAAUAAAAUAAAAAUAAUAAUUAAAGUAAUAUUUAUUU